CGCGGAGUGUGACGUAGGAGGAAGGAGACGCCAUUAGAGGGAGGAGAGGCAGCGCUCCCCUAGCCUCGGGUGCCUGACGUGGUGGCCGGGGCCCUUCAUUCUGGGACUUUCUCUCGGGCCUCUCGGGUCUCGGCCGCGGAGGACGCGGCGGGCACCGGGCUCGGCGGGCGCGUGAAGAGCCGGGCCCCGGGCGGAGCGGGCGCCGCGGCGGAGGCGGUGCGGGGCUCGGCGCGGCGCUGGGCUCGGGCGGCGGGGCAGCGGCGGGAUGGCUGCGGCCGGCGGCGGGGCGGCGGCGGGCCGAGCCUACUCCUUCAAGGUGGUGCUGCUCGGGGAAGGCUGCGUGGGGAAGACGUCGCUGGUGCUGCGCUACUGCGAGAACAAGUUCAACGACAAGCACAUCACCACCCUGCAGGCAUCUUUCUUAACAAAGAAGUUAAAUAUUGGUGGGAAAAGAGUAAACCUUGCCAUAUGGGAUACAGCAGGUCAAGAGAGAUUCCAUGCAUUGGGUCCAAUUUACUACCGCGAUUCUAACGGAGCUAUUUUAGUUUACGAUAUAACGGAUGAAGAUUCUUUUCAGAAGGUAAAAAACUGGGUCAAAGAGCUAAGGAAAAUGUUGGGAAAUGAAAUCUGUUUGUGUAUAGUUGGUAAUAAAAUAGACUUGGAAAAGGAGAGACACGUUUCCAUCCAAGAAGCAGAGUCGUAUGCAGAUUCUGUGGGAGCAAAACAUUAUCAUACUUCCGCUAAACAAAACAAAGGAAUCGAGGAGCUCUUCCUUGACCUCUGUAAAAGAAUGAUAGAAACAGCGCAAGUGGACGAGAGAGCUAAAGGCAACGGCGCUAGUCAAGGUGGGGCUGCUAGGCGAGGUGUGCAGAUCAUCGACGAUGAACCUCAAGCUCAGAGCGGUAGUGGAGGGUGCUGUUCUUCUGGAUAGCUGCUCACACCUAUGAAACUCAAAACAAAAUGGAACUGUGGAUCAUUGCCCUGAACAUGAAGACUGCCAUAUUCCAAGUCACAUCAUUUUACCAAUGGAGUUAUAGAAUUAACAGUAUUUUAAAUUACGUUUAUAACACUGCAGAGACCUUAAGUGCUAAACUUAGUGGAGUUUGUGACCAGAGAAUUGGCAUUUUCUACAAAUGUUAACAAAGCAAUUACCAAUGGCCUUUUUACAUAUUUUUUCUUUAAUGAGGAAUAAUAUGCAUGUAGAAAAGACCUACUUAAAGGCUUCAUUUAUAUUCUUUUAAAUCAGAUCUUUAUUUAAUAACUUAUAUAUGAUGUUGGAAUGGUAUACAUUUUUGCAGUCCUUUGUAUUUUGUGGUAGUUUGAAUUGUAUCACUUCUAAACAGCAUACUGUUUUUGUUUUUGUUUUUGAUUAGCAGAUACCUGAAGUUCUAUUUUUGCAGGGUUUGCACAGGCCCCUAACUGUCUACUACUUUGAUAUAAUCUAUAAACAUCCUGUAUGCUGAGCUGGUAAAAUACAUUGUAAAUUACAUAUUAAAUAUUUUAUCUGCUUUUACAAGCGCAAGGUGCAAAAGUAUAUACAAUUGUCUUAUUGGAGACUGUAAAGUGAAUUACCCGUUGGUGAUAAUACCUAAGCUUUUUGACGCUGUUAUAACGAUCAUCACCCUCCUUCACUUGUCUUAAUGCGAAAGUGGUGUGUUUAAAUUUAUACAUACUUUACUUGAAUUAUUACUGUUGUCACUUUUUCUUUUUUUCUUUUCCUUUUUUUUUUUUGCCUCUCUACAUCCCAGCGAUCAAAAAGCAGCAUUUGCCUUUUUAGUAUUAUUAUUAUUAAACAAGGUUUCUCCUGCCAAUUUUGUUUUAGAACAGUUACCUUAGAAGGAUUUGAGUGGAGCUUGCCAAGUUUCACUUCUGUGACAACUUGAGUGUUUUAUAGGGCUUUCCCUGAGAUGGGUUCACUGGCCUCAGCAGAGGGGUCCCAGGUAGUAGCACUGACCAAGGCUUAUUUAUAUAGCAUGUUGAGUGGUGAUUGAUGCUCCCAAGGCAGCACUUCUGGAUCCCUUAGGAUGUUUUAGUGGUCAUUGCUUGUCAAAAAAGAAUAUAGAAGGCUGUAUUUCAUUUUAUAAGAAUUAUUUUGAGUUUUUAUGGGAAGAAGCAUUUUAUAGUACAGUUACAGCAGUGCUGGUAAGAUUUAUUAUAAAAUCAUAUUCUUGUUUAUUUUAUAAUUAGUCCUACAUUGGAUUUUUAUUUUUUUAUUUUUUAUUUUUUUUAGCAUUGGACUGAAAUUUGUUCAUUUAAAAAAAAUCAGGCACUGCUCACAGGAGAAACAGAUUGUGGACAUUAACAUAAAUUGUUCUUGUUCUAAUAUAUCUAUUUUCCCAUUUCUGUCUUGCUUGGAAAACUAGUAAAUGUUGUGUGUAAGAUAAGAUGGAAUGGUCCCUGGAUUUACUUUUUCUAGGAUUAGAAUAUAGUAACACAGUUAGUAAGCAUUUCUGAAAAUACAAGGAGGUGAUGGUCACUAAGCAAAUACUACCAUAUUCUUAGGACUAGCUUAAAUCUAGACUGAAAGUUGAAUGACUUGACACCUUACCAUCUAGAUAAUAGGAACUUAACUUAGCAUUGUGUUCUUUGAGCCCUCUGUUUAGAUUAUUUACUUAUCCCCCUUGCCAGAUUUCAAUCACUGACUCUUUGCUAUGUGCCUGAAGACGGUCAGAAUGGAAAGAGUCAAGAGAGUGAGCUGCAGCUGUGUCCCAUUGCAGGCCGAUUGUGCUGUGCCAUCCCUGGGUUCCUGUGGAGUUGUGUUUAUGCAGGGGCAGAAGGGGCAGCAGAAACCAUGAGUCAUUGGAGGAUUUGUCCCUAUGCGCUGGCUUUUUUAAGAGUAAAGACUGCUGCCAAUCCUACUGUUGUAGAUAGGAAAUACACUUCCUCGUUGGAAUAGAAUACUGUUUUUUAAACUAGAGAUGGAAUUAAACUAAGUUAAACUUGAUCGUUGGAGACCUGUGCUUGAGUUUUUCACUCUUAAUUCCAUACAGGAGCCUCUGCUCUGGAGUUACAGGUAAUUAUUGCUGGGGUAGAAACUAUCCUCUGUAUUGUCCUUUGCCACCUUACACGCUUCAUUCUCUCUUUAAGCCUGUGAUCCAUGCUAAUUCAGUAACAAAGAUAGGAAAUACAGUAUACCUGCUGUGCUCGGAAGCAUGCAAGAGCCUAAGUGGAAUGAGCAAAAAGAAGAGUAGAAAGAUCAGUCAGCUGCAUUUGCACAUAAGGGAAAGAGAGCGAUGGCAGGCUGAGACUAGCAAGGAUUCCCUGGCACUGUCUUCUCCCCAUUCUAUCUGUGUGCCUCGCCUAAUAAUUGUGCUACUAGGAAAAGGCACAAGGCACUGUGUGGUAUAUAUUGAAAGUAGAUGCUAGAUGGGAUUGAUUCUCCACAAGUGGAUACAUGUCACAUAACCUAAAGUUAGUUUAAGACAGUCAUUAAUUUCAUUAAGUAUGCAGUCACUAUUUCUGUAAUGAGUAGCUUGCUGCUUGUUUUGCUUUAUGAUUAUGGAAGGAUGUGUUUAAAAAUGUAUUCUGCAACAGUUGGGGAUAAGCAGUAAUCUGAAAAGAAAUGAGUACCAUCUUGUUAUGAAAUAUACAUGCUUGUUGUUUCAUGGGUCUCCUAAGAAUACCUUAAGAUUAUGAUUAUUACUGUAUUGAAAUCUUUUUUUUUUUUUUAGAUAUUAGCUCUGAAUUAUUAGUCCCCCCCCUUGGUGUUAGAGAGCAAUGAUAUUUCUUUUUUUCUCUCUUUUUCUUUUUUGUUUUCUAGAAAUAAAAGGUAAAGUUGAGGAACUAGAAGAAGAUAGAAGUGACAUAUACAUUAAACUAUCUGACCCAACAAUGUUUAUCAUCACUUUGACAAAUACAUUUCUUUUGUCAUCAAAUACUUUCUAGACAAGGCAAGAUACACAUUAUGUGCCAAAUAAUUAGAACAUUUAAACGA